AUGCCUCUUAAUCUAAGGAAUAAGCUCAAGACCCUCUGUGCUUGUGGUGAUGGCUGGUCUUAUGCUAUUUUCUGGCGCUUUCAUCCCAAGAAUUCCUUGUUGUUGACUUUGGAAGAAGCAUACUAUGAAGAGCAACUGGGAGAAGAGAUUGUCAACAUGCUUCCACAGGUCCACUUGCUGGGUGAAGGAAUUGUUGGUGAAGCUGCUUUCGCUGGCAAGCACAGUUGGGUGCACUCAGACGGUCCAACUCAAGAAUGGAAUUUGAAGGGUCAGAAUAUUUGUGAGGAAUUUUGUUUCUCUCUGCAGGAUGAUUCUGGAUUGCAUCAACAAUUCUCCUCUGGGAUAAAGACAAUUGUGGUCAUACCUGUCAAAGCAUGGGGAGUGGUACAGUUUGGAUCCAGACAGAAGAUUUUGGAAAGAGUGGAAUUUCUGGAGCAAACACAAAGCUUGCUCAUGGAGGUAGAGGAUGAUAUGGGUGUGCUUGACGUCUCAGAAAAUGCAAUUUUAUCACUGGAUUGCGAAAAUAGUGAUCUAAAUGGGUUGUUGGCUCCCAUUUCCUUCGAAAAUUCAUAUCAUUUGAAUUCCAAACAUGCUCAGGAUGAAAACUCUAUAGAGCUACUGAGAAAGUUUUUUACUUCCUCUAGUUCCAAUGGUCUCUUUUCUUCCGAAUAUAAGACUUACGAAGAUGGAAUGAUUUCGUUGCAAGGAGAUUCUUCUUGUGUUGGUGACGAGCCUCAAGUUGUAUUUUCAGAUAAGGAUAGUACUGAUUUGCUUUUGAAGCCUAACUCUUCUGUGGACAGUUUAAUUGCCAAAAUCCCCUCUUUUGGUGCAUGCAGUGGUGAAGUAUCUUCUUUUGAUAUGUUGGAGCAACAAUUGGUAUCUGAAAUAAGGGCACAAGAAGUUGCUGUCAUGUUUUCUACAGAAGAAAAUGCAUUUGAUAGUAGCACACUUCUAGCUCAGGAUUCAGAGUUGACCUCAUUGGACAGAGAGUCAUUUCAAGAUAAGUUACAAAAUUCACUGGAUAACCAACAUUGUUCUCAAUCUAGUAUUGUGACAGAUGUUAAUUUCCAAUCAAGCUUAAAUACAUUGCAUGGAUUCUCUGAGAACUUAGAGCCAAUUGAUAUGUCAGAAGAAAUUUUGAAGUUCAGCUCCAUGGAUGACCUUUGCCAUUGGUUUUCUCUUUCUCAACAGGAUAGUAUUUGCAAAACAGGAAUUGCACUGGAUAACACCCUUUCUGAAUCAAUAGAAUUUAAUCCCACUUCCUUUGAUCUGGUUGAAAUUAAUUCCUUAAAUGAUACAUCAGUGACAUGCCUAGCUGGGCAUAAUUCCAACUCAGAUGGGAAAGAAACAUCUGUAGCUGUGCAUGGCUAUGAAAAUGGUCUCUUGGAUGACAUUGAACUUGAUUUUAGCUACGAUCAAGCUGAUGAAUGGUGGAGGAAUAUGCUUACACCAGUGGUGAGUGCUGCUAUUGAUAGUGGCCUUUCUGAAUGCAUAUCAGAGUUGAAUACUGAUACACAGACAUGCAGUCGAAAGAGAUUAUUCUCAGAGUUAGGAAUUGAAGAGCAUUUGACGGGUGGGACAAAUUACAGCCCUUUUAAUAGUUCUCAUUUUAAGUAUGAAUUAUCAUCCAAUAAAAAGCAGAUGGUAGAAUCUCCAUUAGUAAAUAGAAAUCCAGCACAUCUCACCAACCUUCAUAGGGACGAGGCAAAAGCAGACUUGAUGAUGCAGCCCCUUUGUGACUUAGACAGCACAAACAAUCUUCUAAGCAAGAACGAUUCAUUUAUGAAAUUUCAAGUAGGCAUGUGGGUUGAUGAUAGCCAUAGCAUUAAUAUUGGGAGGGCUGCUCAAGUGCACCCUCAGAAGCCAGCUGAACCUACAAAGCCCACCAGGAAGAGGGCUAGGCCGGGAGAGAGUACUAGACCACGGCCUAAGGAUCGCCAGCAGAUCCAAGACUGUAUUAAAGAGCUCAGAGGAAUCAUCCCCAAUGGUGGAAAGUGUAGUAUUGAUUCUUUGUUAGACCGCACCAUCAGAUACAUGCUUUUCUUACAAAGUGUCCUCAAGUAUGCAGACAAGCUACAGGAACCAAAUGAGCCAAAGGUAACUGAUCAAGCUAGCAAAAACUGUGGCAUUACAUGGGCAUUUGAAGUGGCACAACAAACAAUGCUAUGCCCAAUUAUAGUUGAGGACAUGAGCUCACCUGGCCAAAUGCUUAUAGAGCUCCUUUGUGAGGAGCAGGGUUUCUUCCUUGAGAUAGUUGACAUAAUUAGGGGUUUUGGGCUGAAUAUCUUGAAAGCAAAGAUGGAAAUAAGGAAGAACAAACUAUGGGCACGAUUUAUUGUUGAGGCAGACAGACAUGUGACAAGGAUAGACGUAUUUUUGUCCCUUAUCCAUCUUCUACAGCAAACAAACACCUCCAACAUUGAUUCUGCUAAAAAGCAUUGCAAUGUUAUUGAUGCCAAUGUUUCUUAA